AUGGAUGUCUUUUUCGUCGAUGUUCACCAUGGAGGGUAUUUUUUGGAUGACACAAUGGAAGUGUACCAAGGUAAAGUUUCUAAUUGGAAAUGUGAUGCUGACAGGUGGAGUUACUUUGAGAUUUUUGAUAUUAUUAAACAAAUGAGGUAUCCUGAAGUUAUUAGUAUAUGGUAUGAGGCGUAUGAUGAAGAGGCCAAUAUGCAAAGUGAGAAGGAAUUAUUUGAUGAAGAGUAUUUUACAGAGGAAUUGGAGAGUGAUGAUUUACAAGAAACUGAUAAGUAUCCUUUAUUUGUCAUGCCAAAAAAAAUGGAAGAUUAUAAGUGGGUUUUAGGAACCCUUUUCACUGGUAAAGAAGAAUUUAAGGAGGCUAUGACAACAUAUGCCAUUCAUAAUGGGAGGGAUUUGAAGUUUAUAAAAAAUGACAAACUAAGAGUGAGAGUUAAAUGCAAGAAAGGUUGUGAGUGGUUUGCCUAUUGUGCAAAGUUACCUGAUGAAGAUACAUGGCAACUUAGGAAACUAGUUGACACACAUUCAUGUAAUAGAGAGUAUAAGGUCAAAUUUAUGAGAUCAAGUUGGCUCGGGAAAAUAUUGUACUCAACAGUUAAAGAGAACCCGAACAUAAAAAUUACAGAUAUUUCUAACAAGGUUCAUCAAAAGUGGAAUGCUGGAGUAAGUAAGAUGAAGGCAUUCAGGGCACGUAGGGUUGCAAUUGAUAUGGUUGAUGGAUCAUUCAGAGAGCAAUAUAUAAGAUUGUAUGAUUAUUGUCACGAGUUAUUAAGAUCAAAUCCAAAUAGUACAGUUAAGUUAGAAGUCCAAGCUACAAAUUCAGAGGUAACUGACUAUGUGGACAGACCACUUUUACCUAGUUUUCAACGCCUAUAUAUGUGUCUUAAUGGAUGUAAAGAGAGUUUCCUGAUUUGUAGACCAAUAAUUGGUCUCGAUGGUUGUUUCCUUAAAGGGUAUUAUGGGGGUAUGAUUCUGGCUGCUGUAGGUAGAGAUCCAAAUGACCAAAUGCUUCCAAUUGCCCUGGCUGUAGUUGAAGGUGAGACAAGAGAUUCAUGGACUUGGUUCCUUAAAUUAUUAAUUGAUGACUUGGGUAGACAACAAGCAUGCAAGUCCUACACCUUCAUAUCUGAUCAGCAAAAGAUUGGUAAUUCUGUUUUGGGACUAUUGCCUGCAAUGGAUGAGUUGCUUCCUGAGGUGGAACAAAGAUUUUGUGUAAGACACCUCUAUAACAACUUCAGAAAAAUUCACCCAGGGAAGAAGCUUAAGGAAUUGAUGUGGAAGGCAGCCAAGUCAACAUAUCAUCAAGCAUGGGAAAGAGAAAUGAAAAAGUUGAGGAAAGUUAACGAAGAGACCUACAAAUAUUUAGUGAAGAUUCCUCCAAGGUUUUGGUCAAAGUCAAGAUUUAGUUUCAAUUCUAAAUGUGAUGUGCUUGUUAAUAAUAUGCCAGAGACAUUCAAUAGUGUCAUCAUUGGACCUAGAGGGAAACCCAUAGUGACAAUGUUUGAAGACAUCAAAUUGUACUUAAUGGAAAGGUGGGCUAGAAAUAGAACUACAUUAGAAAGGUACACUUGUUCUGUUCUGCCUCAAAUCAAGAAAAAGUUAGCAAAGGAACAAGAAUUAUCAAGAAUGUGGUUGUGUAGGUAA